GUGGCUAGCAUUCCGUUUACGCAUCGAGCUCAUGUUUCUCAAAUUUUGGUUAUUUUAAGACAGCAAGCUCUCUUCAAUACGAUAAUCAGUAGUUGCGAACGUCCAAGUAGCAAACGAGACUUCGAAAACAUGACCAUGUUCGAAAUAAGUGCCCUUUCCUGGACCCACAUCUCCCUCUCCCUCGAGCACCCGGUCGAAGAAAGCAUGGCCACCGCCGAAAUCGACCUAACCGACAUUUCGAACCUCGUCUGCAAGAUCCGCAGUCCGGGAACCCCGCCUCCGGCGAACGCUCCCGACGCCACGUCCGAUCUCAGCACGAAGAUCCUAAACCGGUGCUUCUCCAUCCCGGUGACGAUGCGCGCUGUGAUCAAACUAUGGGAGAAGCAAGCUGCCAAACGCCAUUACAACGGGCACGAAAAUUUUAGUUUACCCCUCGGUUCCGGCGACCCUGGGGGUCACAAGGGGGCCCCAGGUGGAGGAUUGACGGAAUUCGGGGGGUUAGACAAGAUCAAGCAAGAACCCCCUGGUAACGGCGGCCACGGCAUGAUGAUGCAGGGACAUCAAGGGAUGUUCCUCAACGAGUCGAUGAUGGCCAACGCGAAUUUCCAGAAUUUUCAGACGAGCGACGGCAUGCUGAGCAGCAUAGAGUUGACGAACAUUCUGUCGGGGAACGGACAGGAGAAGAUGAAGCGGCCGCAUAAGAGGAAGUCGGACGAUUUGUGGAAGAACAAGAGGAAGCUGGGCGAGGCGACGGACGCGGAGAUGCUGGUGGAGACGUCGAGCAGCGACUCGACGUCGAGGAGCACGCCGAUAUCGCAAGAGAACGAGAUCCCGACGCCGAAUUCGGGGUUGGGGUUUCAAUCGGAUUUGGAACUGAUGAGUGGUUUGGAUCCGGCUGAGUUGCUGGCCGACUCAGAUAAGGUGAGUGGUGAUUUCGGAAGUCUGGACGAAUUAGGCGACGUAGAGGAAAUCCUGGCUGGCCCUUCUAGACGAAAAUCUCGAGACCAAAAAUCGCCCACUAAUCUCAUGAUGGAUUUAGGCGAGAAGAAUUUGGUACCUCCAAGCGUCAGCAUCACUCCCAUCGCCACGAGUUCGCCGGGAUUCACCUCAGGCGGUAACGCCGAGAAGAGAACCGGAAUAGAAAUCAUAGCCUUGGCGACUUCCGCCGCUAACGCACUGCCCAGUUCCAUCACCAUAACGCCGAUAACGUCGUCACAAAGCAAAAGUGGCGAAGAGAAGAACAAAGAAAAGAAGAGCAGCAAAAGCAGGUCGGACGAUAAGGUUAGAGAAGUUGAUUCGUAUUUAUUUCGGUUGUGGGUGUAG